ACGCAUUGAAGCGUUGAUAGGUUGCUUCAUCCAUAAAUCAUGGAUUUAUAUGUGCCCGAAAAUGUGAUGUGCUGAUUGAGAACCACCAUAGAGAAAGUUCAAAAAACUUGAUCAGAAACCAUCAUCUGUCGGAAGAUACAACAAAACAAAAUGCUUGUUAACCCACCAAUCAUAGAAGAUCGUGAGAUUACUCCAGUGUUAUUCUGUGGACCAGGACCAUGCAAUCUGCUACCAUCUGUACAAGAGGCGUUAACUAAACCGGUAUUAUCAGCGGUUUGUGACGAAUACUUCGCGGUCGAAGAUGAUAUUCGUGCUGGUCUAAAGUAUGCGUUUCAAACUGAAAGCAAUUUAGUGCUAGCCAUGAGUGGGUCUGGACAUAGCGGCAUGGAAGCUGUUAUAGUCAAUAUUCUUGGACCUAAAGACAAGCUUUUAGUUGCAUGUAGGGGAUUGUGGGAUGAAAGGGCUGCAACAAUGGCAAAACGAUAUGGAAUUAAGGUUUUUCGUACGGAAGUACCACACACUGCAACAUUUGGUUUUGAUCAAUUAGAGGCGGAACUUAAGCGUGUUCGACCAAAAGCCCUUUUUAUAACUCACGGUGAUUCUACUACCGGGACUAUACAAAAACUUGAAGGGCUAGGAGAUAUUUGCCAUAAAUACGGAACGUUGCUUAUUGUUGACACUGUCGUUUCAAUUGGUGGAGCGAAGUUUCUGAUGGACGAGUGGGGUAUAGAUGCCGUGUAUACCUCUACUCAGAAGGCUUUGAGUGGCCCUGCUGGUAUUACGCCCGUAGCAUUUAGUGCAAGAGCUGAAAAGGUGAUAAAUUCGAGGAAACACGAGCCACCAUUUUACUUUGACGUGAAGUUGCUAGCCCAGCAAUGGAAUUGUUAUGGAAACACACGGGCAUAUCACCACACCUUAAGUCCUCCAUUACUUUGGGCAUUAAGAGCAUCUCUGAUAGAACUCUGCAGAGAAACACUACCUAAGGCCUGGGAACGGCAUACUAAAACAGCAGCACAUUUUCAUAAAAGGCUAAGUGAUUUUGGCUUUGAAUUACUGAUUCCCAAACCUGAAGAUAGACUUAAUACUGUGACAACUGUACUAAUCAAUAAAAAAUACAACAUUCCUGAAUUUCUGAAGUAUAUGAGAAACAAGCACAGAAUUGUAAUAUUCGGCGGCCUAGGUCCCACGGUGGGUAAAGCUCUUCGCAUUGGCCUAAUGGGAGUAAAUUCAACAGUACAAGUGGCGGAAGACGUAGCUUUAGCUAUGGCGGACACAUCUCGAGCACUUACCAAGUCAUCACUAUGAACGGGCCUCUAAAAUAUUUAUCGUCAUUGUUAUUAUAAAUCGUGAUGAGUUUUAAAAGUGAUGGGAGUAAAUGAUGGGACAUAAUUA